AUGCAAGGUGUCAAUCUUGGUGGUUGGCUCGUUGCCGAAAACUGGAUGACAAAAGGGUCGCCGGCCUGGAAUGGAGUUCCUGAUGAGAUUGCCCACAAGGGCGAAUAUCAAACGAUGCAAUAUCUCGGUCAUGCCAAAGGUGAUGAUCAAUUCAAACAACAUCGCGACUCAUAUAUCACUGAACAAGACUUUCAUGAUAUCUCUGCCGCCAAAAUGAACACUGUUCGAAUUCCUGUUGGGUACUGGAUCACGGGCUUUGACAAAAGCGGUGGUAGUGAUUCAAAUGGAUGGCGAAUGUUUGCUCCUAAUGCAAUCAAUUAUCUCGAUCGAGCCAUUCGAGAAUGGGCACCAAGAAACAAUUUGGUCGUUUUAAUUUCAUUUCAUGCUGCCAAAGGUAGUCAGAAUGGAAUGGAUCAUAGUGCCUCAUCUGAUCCAGGAAAAUCCCACUGGGGAAACUAUCCGGAGAAUGUUCGAAACACCUUGGAUGCUGUCGAGUGGCUAGCAAGAAGAUAUAAUGGCGAUGCGGCAUUUCUUGGCAUUGGUUUGCUCAAUGAACCAUCAGGUAUAUUCUUCGCACUUUAA